GCCGAAGUGUCUUACGUCCGCAUGGGAAUCAAAGUCUGGAGUUCGUACAGCAGGGCAAUUUGCUGUCUUCUCGAGUUGCCCUCUUGGUGACUCUGGCCCAGUACCUUGGGCUUCGCUGGGUGAUAGAGCAACCAGAUGGUAGCUUCCUCCCGGACAUGCCACGGUUUCAAGAUCUUUGGCGAAAAUUCGAGGUUUGGAAUGGCAGCUUUUGGAUGGGCCAUUUCAAUGGCCCCACACCCAAGCGACACAGGCUGUGGUCAAACGACAAAUGCCUCAUCGAGGCUGUGCAGGAGAGGGCUGGCGCCAUGAGCCGAGAACGAAUGAGCCAAUUUAAGGAACGACUGGCAGUGCACUAUGUCGACAAGAACGGUGUGAAACGGCACACGGGUAAGCCACAGGGCCUCAAAAACUCCCAGCCACUCGCUCCUUAA